ACAAUAGACAAGGCCACGGAUGAGAAUCUUACUUCCGAGGACUGGGGAGCCAUCAUGGAGGUUUGCGACCGGGUAGCGAGUGAUGCCAAUGGGAGCAAGGAUGCGGUGCAGAGCAUGAUUAAGAGGCUGGCUCAUCGGAAUGCGAAUGUGCAGUUGUAUACUCUUGAGGUCGCAAACGCCCUCUCCCAAAACUGUGGAAAGAACAUGCACCGCGAGCUCUCCUCCCGCGCGUUUACCGAUGCCCUUCUCAAACUGGCCAAUGACCGGAACACGCACAAUCAAGUCAAGGCGAAGAUUCUGGAGAGGAUGAAGGACUGGAGCGACAUGUUCAAGUCUGAUCCGGAUCUGGGGAUCAUGUACGAUGCUUACUAUCGCCUGAAGCAGAGCAACCCCACGCUGCACCCUCCUAGCGCGCCGCAGAAGAAUAGCUUGACCGAGGUGGAUAGGCAGAAGGAGGAGGAGGAGUUGCAGAUGGCGCUCAAGCUGAGCUUGCAGGAGGAGGAGAGGAAGAAGGGGAAGGGAGUUGGUGGGAGUAGUUCGGCUGCUGCUGGCCCCAGUGGGAGUGCCGGUGCGGGUCAGCAACAACAACAACAGCAGCAGCAGCAGGAGGCGGCAGCGCCGAUCCAGCCGGUUGCUUCUGGGACUACGGCGGCGACGGUGUCGAGGGUGAGGGCUUUGUACGAUUUCUUGCCGUCGGAGCCGGGGGAGUUGGAGUUCAAGAAGGGGGAUGUGAUUGCCGUGUUGGAGAGUGUGUAUAAGGAUUGGUGGAGGGGUUCGUUGAAGGGGAAAACGGGCAUUUUCCCCUUGAAUUAUGUGGAGAAGUUGACCGAUCCCACGCCGGAUGAGCUGCAGAGGGAGGCGCAGAUGGAGGCGGAGGUGUUUGCUGAGAUCAAGAAUGUGGAGAAGUUGUUGACGUUGUUGAGUGCGAGCAAUACUGGGCCGAGGGAGGAGGAUAACGAGGAGAUAUCGAAGCUCUAUCACCAGACGUUGGCCAUUCGGCCUAAGCUUAUCAAGCUGAUUGAGAAGUACUCUCAGAAGAAAGAUGACUUUACGCAGCUGAAUGAAAAGUUCAUCAAGGCUAGGAGAGACUAUGAGGCUUUGCUUGAGUCGUCCAUGUCUCACCCUCCUGGUCCCACGUAUCACCAAUACGCGAUGCGCCCCCAGAUUCCUGGAGGGUAUCCUCCUGCCGGCCAGGGCUACGCUCCUGGUCCAUCUGGUCCUCAAGACCCGCAGAGAUUCUACACUCCUGCCCCUGCUCAACAAGAAUCAUCUCAAUACCCACCAUCCUCACCUUCUCCCAACUUCCAGCGUCCUCCUCAGACGGGAACUCCUGCGCCGGUGUAUUUCGCUGGUGCGGAGAUUCCAUCCCAGCCAAAUCAAGCACCACCACAGGCGCCUCAGCAACAGGCACCACCACAACCUCCUCAGCAGCAGCAAGCGCCACAGCAGCAGCAGGGAUACCCUCAACGUCCGAACGAACAGAGGGUGCCGUCUAGCGGGCAGCAGCCGGCCCCGAUCCAGACUUCUGUGUCGCCUCCUCCUCAGGGGCAGUACACGGCUUACCAGUCCCCAUCAACAGGGGCCCCGGGUGGUAACCCUCGUCCGCAAAGUUAUGGGGGGCCGCAGGAGUUGUCCACCUCGGUUUAUGACUCGCCUGUUGCGGCGCAUCAUAAUCCGAGCGGGUCGUACGCUUCGUUUUAUAGCGCCAACAACAACGACGAUCCUUAUGCGGCUGCCAGCCCAAGUGCGCCGAGUGCUCCGAGUGCUCCGGGUGCUCCCCCGCCGGCUGUUCCCGGGGGAGUGCAGACCAAUCCUUAUUAUGCUGCUGCUGCGAAUGCGGGUGGGCAGUAUGGAGGUGAGGGAUAUGGUGGUGCGCCGGAUAGUCCGUACACGUCAAGGCCGGCGGUGCCGGUGACCACGAUGUCGCCUCCGCCGUUGAAGCCGAGCGGGCCGGCGUUUGAUGCUCGGCAGGGGUUACCUAGUCGGACUGGGGAGGGUGCUGCUGGUGCUGGUGGUGGUGCCGCUGCUGGGGGAGGGGGAGGGGAGGGGACGUAUAAGGCUUAUGUUCCGCCUAGUGCGCAGGUUGCUGGAGGUGGGGAUGAUGCGGCGGGGAAUUAUUAUAGGGGGGCUGGGUAUUAG